AUGGGUUUCCGGUUGCCCGGAAUUGUUAACGCCAAGAGAAGUCUCAUUCGAUCUCUAUCUAGUUCAAGUCAGACAGCUGAUUCAAAGACCUUAGAUAUCCCAAAAGGCUAUUUUGCAGUCUAUGUUGGGGGGAGCCAAAAGACGCAGUUUUUGAUUCCAAUAUCUUACUUGAAUGAGCCUUUGUUCCUGGAUUUGCUGAGUCAAGCUGAAGAAGAAUUUGGAUAUGAUCAUCCCAUGGGUGGUAUCACAAUCCCCUGCAGUGAAGACACCUUCCUUCAUCUCACUUCCCGCUUAAGUAACUCACUAAGUAAUGAUGAGAACGGGGCUAUUCUUGAUCGUCCACUGAGUCGACUUACAUCUUGUGCUGAGAGGAAGCAAUCUGUAAGCCUGAGGCUGCUUGUGAUCUGA